AUGGUGCGCCCCCGAAGCCCGCGACCGCCGCCGCUGGCGCUCCUGCUGUUGCUGCUGCUGCUGCUGCUGCCGCCGCCGCUGCCGCUGUCGCUCGGAGCAGGGGACCCUCUCCCCACAGAAGGUCGACUCAUGAACAGCUGCAUCCAGGCCAGGAGGAAGUGCAAGGCUGACCCCAUCUGCAAUGCUACUUACCACCACCUGAAUUCCUGUGCCUCUAGUACAAGCAUCCCAUCACCUUCUGAAGAGGAGCCUUCAAUAUCCGAAGAUUGUAUGGAGGCAGCACAGCAACUUAGGAAUAGCUCUCUAAUGAGGUGUACCUGCCACCGGCGCAUGAAGAACCAAGCCGCCUGCCUGGACAUCUACUGGACUCUUCACCCUGCCCGCAGCAUUGGUGACUAUGAGCUGGAUGUCUCCCCCUAUGAAGACACAGUGACCAGAAAACCUUGGAAAAUGGAUCUCAGCAAACUGAACAUGCUCAAACCAGACUCGGAUCUCUGCCUCAAGUUCGCCAUGUUGUGCACUCUUAAUGACAAGUGUGACCGGCUGCGCAAGGCCUACGGGGAGGCGUGUUCCGGGUCCCGCUGCCAGCGCCACGCCUGCCAAGGGCAGCUACGUGCCUUCUUCGAGAAGGCGUCGGAGCCUCACGCGCAGGGCCUGCUGCUCUGCCCGUGCGCGCCCACCGACCAGGGCUGCGGACAGCGCCGGCGCAACACCAUCGCCCCCGGCUGCGCGCUGCCCUCCGAGCCCCGCAACUGCCUGGAGCUGCGGCGCCUUUGCCUGGCCGACCCGCUGUGCAGAUCGCGCCUGGCGGAUUUUCAGACCCACUGCCAUCCCAUUGACAUCCUAGGGACCUGUGCAACAGAUCAGUCCAGAUGUCUGCGAGCCUACAUGGGGCUGAUUGGGACUGCCAUGACUCCCAACUUUGUCAGCAACGUCAGCACCAGUGUUGCCUUAAGCUGCACCUGCCGAGGCAGUGGCAACCUGCAGGAGGAGUGUGAGCGGCUGGAAGAUUCCUUCUCCCACAACCCCUGCCUCAUGGAGGCCAUUGCAGCUAAGAUGCGUUUUCACAGCCAACUCUUAUCCCAGGACUGGGCAGACUCUACCAUUUCCAUGAUGGAACGCCAGAACAAAAACCCUGCUCUGAGGUCACGGCCCUGGGUGCCCUCUCUUUUCUCCUGUGUACUUACAUUGCUUCUGCUCCCGAGCCUCUGGUAGCUGGACUUCCCGGGUGGCUCUCUUCUCUACCACACCCAGCCUGACCUGCUGCCUGGAAGGGGUGAGGAAAGGACAGCAUCAGGAAGGAGGUUCAGUGAACAAUGUUGCAACCCUAGUCCCAGCCCACAGAAACGGACUAGUGUAGUUCUCGUUCCCUCCACUUCUGACUCAGGCUUUUCCCUUCCUUAGGACUUGGUUACCAUGGUUUAGCCAUGUCUUCUGGUGGUGUCCAGCUCUACCAGGCUCUCUCCUUAUUCCUUCCUUCUGCCCAGCAGAUCACCCAGGCUCUAACAAAUUAAUCAUGCUCUGUUGCGUUCUCCAGGUAGGCAGGGCUGGGUAUUCUGAGGCAGCCUAAAAAGACAUUCCUCAUGACGAGGAAGGCUAGAGCAAGACUACUGGCCCUUUGUCUCCUCCUCUGAAUAGGGGGUGGGAACCUACUGCCUGCCCUGCCCUGCCCUGGGAUCCUGGGAUUCUGCAAAGCAUUUGGGCCUUGCUCUCUUCCUGCUACUGUCCCAAAGUCCCCCCAGGCUCUUGCAUCAUGAUUAAACAUUUUGACUUAAAAA